AACUGCUUAAUGAUCAUAAACUAAAUAAGUGACAAUCGCAAAUUAUCAAAAUGUUGAAUUAAGUUGUAAUAACUUGAUUUUAUCGUCUUAAAAUGAAAGCAGUUUAUAAAAAGCAGCUUGAAAGAGCUUUAUCUUUAGAUUACACAAUAUCAAGAAAAAUAAGUAUAUACAAUGGCUAUUUUGGUAAUGAACUCUUUAAAAAUGUUAGAUUAUUUUUAAAGUUUCUUGAAUGGACUGCACAUGGAGUUCCUUGGAUAAUUUAUAUUUUUAUUUUAAUUUAUUACAAUCAAGAAUAUAUCAGAGAGUUUUAUAUAAAUGUUUUUAUUGGAUUGUUGUUUGAUUUACUUACAAUAUCAUUUUUGAAACUGACAUUUAAAAGACCUCGGCCAAGUUAUAAUGAAAAUGACAUAACGCUUUCUGCCACCAAAAUAGAUUGUUAUUCGUUUCCAUCUGGUCAUGCUACUCGUUCUUUUAUGUUGUUUACUAUUUAUUAUUUAUAUGACCCAAAAGCUUUUUAUGUUGUUUAUAUUUUAUUAUGGGCUUUUAUGGUUAGUCUCUCUCGAGUUGUGCUCGGUAGACACCAUAUUUCAGAUGUUAUUGUAGGUAUUAUAGUUGGGAUAGCUGAUGCUUAUAUUGUUACAUCUUACUUAUGUAUUGGAAAUAGGUUUUAAAUAUUUUA